GGGAUGUUGGUGCCGCCCGUUCCACGCCGGGAAGCCGGGGCUGCCGGCCGGCGCUGGUUGGCUCUGCUGCCUCUGCUGCUGCUGCUGCUGGCCAGGCCUGCGGGAGCCCUGUUGGAGGGUCUGUAUUGCGGCAAGCGGGACUGCUACGAGGUGCUGGGCGUGAGCCGCACUGCCAGCAAGGCGGAGAUCGCGCGGGCCUACCGCCAGCUGGCCCGGCGCUAUCACCCCGACCGCUACCGGCCGGAGCCCGGCGACGAGGGCCUUGGCCGGACCCUGCAAAGCGCUGAGGAGGCUUUCUUGCUAGUGGCCACCGCCUACGAGACUCUCAAGGAUGAAGACACACGGAAAGACUAUGAUUACCUGCUGGACCAUCCCGAAGAGUACUACAGCCAUUACUACCACUACUACAGCAGGCGGCUUGCCCCGAAAGUGGAUGUUAGAGUUGUGAUUUUGGUCAGCGUUUGUGCUAUUUCAGUGUUUCAGUUUUUCAGCUGGUGGAAUAGCUACAACAAGGCAAUCAGCUAUCUCGCCACCGUGCCCAAGUAUCGUAUCCAGGCUACAGAAAUCGCCAAGCAGCAGGGACUGCUGAAGAAAGCCAAAGAAAAAGGCAGAAAUAAAAAGUCCAAAGAAGAAAUUCGUGAUGAGGAGGAGAAUAUCAUAAAGAACAUCAUAAAGAGUAAAAUAGAUAUAAAGGGAGGCUAUCAGAAACCCCAAAUACGUGACCUUCUCCUGUUUCAAAUUAUCUUGGCUCCUUUUCAUCUCUGCUCAUAUAUAGUCUGGUAUUGCCGGUGGAUCUAUAAUUUUAACAUCAAAGGCAAAGAAUAUGGAGAGGAGGAGAGACUGUAUAUCAUACGUAAGUCUAUGAAGAUGUCAGAGUCCCAGUUUGACAGUCUAGAAGAUCAUCAGAAGGAAAAUUUCCUUAAGCGAGAGCUCUGGAUAAAGGAGAAUUAUGAGGUCUAUAAACAAGAACAAGAAGAAGAACUAAAGAAAAAAUUAGCAAAUGAUCCUAGAUGGAAGCGGUACAGGAGAUGGAUGAAGAAUGAGGGACCUGGACGGUUAACCUUUGUGGAUGAUUGACGAUUACUAGACUUGUUACUGUGCCAAACUAUAAUUGUGAUAUUAUUUUCAUAAUGGAGCUAUUUUAGAACUGUUACCAGUUACUAAGCAGCAGGAACUAAAAGUCUUAAAGUUUUUGAUUAAACAGAAUAAUGUAGAAAUUUAAACUUUCCUUUAAAACCUUAUACAUAAGACAUUUACGAUUGUUCAAUUUUUAUAAUCUCUUUGUGGGUUUUGUUAAAAGAUUUGACAUGAAGAUUUAUUCAUUGCCAUAUAAAAUUUUAUAUGCUUAGUUAAAAGAGUUCACACAAAAAUUUAUUAGAUACAUUUAAAAUUUU